GCCCAGGCGUCUUGGGCCCCCCAACUUCCUACCGGGCUGACCAGCCCUCCUCUCCCUGGUGUCGCCUCUCAGGGGGAGGGCCCCGCUGAGAUGGGGGCUCUGGUGCUGGACAAGGAGCCCCGAGGAGCCGUCGAGCGAGUUCACGGCUCUUUUGGGGACACCCCUCGUAGUGAGGAGACCCUGCCCAAGGCCAACCCCGACUCCCUGGAGCCUGCUGGCCCCUCAUCCCCAGCCUCUGUCACCGUGACUGUUGGCGACGAGGGCGCCGACACCCCUGUAGGAGCCACCCCACUCAUUGGGGAUGAACCUGAGAAUCUUGAGGGCGAUGGGGACCUCCCAGGGGGGCGCGUCCUGCUGGGCCAUGCCACAAAGUCAUUCCCCUCUUCCCCCAGCAAAGGGGGUGCCUGUCCCAGCCGCGCCAAGAUGUCAAUGACGGGGGCGGGGAAGUCACCCCCCUCCGUCCAGAGUUUGGCGAUGAGGCUGCUGAGUAUGCCCGGGGCCCAGGGGGCAGCGGCAGGGCCUGAACCCCCUCCAGCUACAACCAGCCCAGAGGGGCAGCCCAAGGUCCACCGAGCCAGGAAAACCAUGUCCAAGCCGGGCAAUGGACAGCCCCCAGUCCCCGAGAAGCGGCCCCCCGAAGUUCAGCAUUUCCGCAUGAGUGACGACGUGCACCCCCUGGGGAAGGUGGCCUCAGAUGUGGCCAAAAGGAGGAAGCUGAACUCUGGAGGCGGCCUGUUGGAGGAGUUGGGCUCUGCCCGGGGCUCAGGAGAGAUGACCCUGGAGAAGGCGAAUGCGGGGCCCCCAGAGGAGUGGGAGACGGUGGUGGGGGAUGACUUCAGCCUCUACUACGACUCCUACUCUGUGGACGAGCGUGUGGACUCGGACAGCAAGCCCCACUUUGCCCUGGUCCAGUCUGAGGUUGAAGCACUGGCUGAACAACUGAGUGAGGAAGAGGAGGAAGAGGAGGAGGAAGAAGAGGAGGAGGAGGAGGAGGAAGAGGAGGACGAGGAGUCUGGCAAUCAGUCUGACAAGAGUGGUUCCAGCGGCCGGAGAAAAGCCAAAAAGAAAUGGCGGAAGGACAGCCCCUGGGUGAAGCCGUCCCGGAAACGGCGGAAGCGGGAGCCUCCACGGGCCAAGGAGCCACGAGGAGUGAAUGGUGUGGGCUCCUCAGGCCCCAGUGAGUACAUGGAGGUCCCUCUGGGGUCCCUGGAGCUGCCCAGCGAGGGGACCCUCUCCCCCAACCACGCUGGGGUGUCCAACGAUACUUCUUCCCUGGAGACGGAGCGCGGGCUGGAGGAGCUGCCCCUGUGCAGCUGCCGCAUGGAGGCGCCCAAGAUCGACCGCAUCAGCGAAAGAGCAGGGCACAAGUGCAUGGCCACGGAGAGCGUGGACGGAGAGCUGUCGGGCUGCAACGCCGCCAUCCUCAAGCGGGAGACCAUGAGGCCCUCGAGCCGCGUGGCCCUGAUGGUGCUCUGCGAGGCGCACCGGGCCCGCAUGGUCAAGCACCACUGCUGCCCGGGCUGCGGCUACUUCUGUACAGUGGGCACCUUCCUGGAGUGCCACCCCGACUUCCGUGUGGCCCAUCGCUUCCACAAGGCCUGUGUGUCCCAGAUGAACGGCAUGGUCUUCUGUCCCCACUGUGGGGAGGAUGCGUCCGAGGCCCAGGAGGUGACCAUCCCCCGGGGGGACGGAGUGACCCCACCAGCUGGCACUGCAGCCCCCGCACCCCCACCCCUGGCCCAGGAUGCCCCUGGGAGAGCGGAUACCUCCCAGCCCAGUGCCCGGAUGCGCGGGCAGGGCGAGUUCAUUCUGCUUUCUAUGGCCGUGGGGCUGCCACCUGGGCCAGGCCGGGAGGCCCUGGAAAAGGCCCUGGUCGUCCAGGAGUCCGAGCGGCGGAAGAAGCUCCGCUUCCACCCCCGGCAGCUGUACCUGUCCGUGAAGCAGGGGGAGCUGCAGAAGGUCGUGCUGAUGCUGUUGGACAACCUGGACCCCAACUUCCAGAGCGACCAGCAGAGCAAGCGCACACCCCUGCACCACCUGGAGGCGGCCCGCUACAUGGUGCAGCGCGGCGGGUGUGUCUACAGCAAGGAGGAGGACGGCUCCACCUGCCUCCACCACGCAGCUAAAAUCGGGAACUUGGAGAUGGUCAGCCUGCUGCUCAGCACAGGACAGGUGGACGUCAACGCCCAGGACAGUGGGGGGUGGACGCCCAUCAUCUGGGCCGCAGAGCACAAGCACAUCGAGGUGAUCCGCAUGCUGCUGACGCGCGGCGCCGACGUCACCCUCACAGACAACGAGGAGAACAUCUGCCUGCACUGGGCCUCCUUCACCGGCAGUGCCGCCAUCGCCGAGGUCCUCCUGAACGCCCGCUGCGACCUCCACGCCGUCAACUACCACGGGGACACGCCCCUGCACAUCGCAGCCCGGGAGAGCUACCACGACUGUGUGCUGUUGUUCCUGUCGCGUGGAGCGAACCCCGAGCUGCGCAACAAGGAGGGGGACACUGCGUGGGACCUGACUCCCGAGCGCUCGGACCCCACGCCCGCCCCAGGAACCGCCCAGCCCUCCCCUUGCACCCAGGGAGCCCUCACCUCAUCUCCCUUUGCCAGGGACGUGGCUCGGGGCUAUGAGAACGUGCCCAUUCCCUGCGUCAACGGUGUGGACGGGGAGCCGUGCCCCGAGGAUUACAAGUACAUCUCGGAGAACUGCGAGACUUCCACCAUGAACAUUGACCGCAACAUCACCCACCUGCAGCACUGCACCUGUGUGGACGACUGCUCCAGCUCCAACUGCCUGUGCGGCCAGCUCAGCAUUCGCUGCUGGUAUGACAAGGACGGGCGGCUGCUCCAGGAAUUUAACAAGAUCGAGCCCCCGCUGAUCUUCGAGUGUAACCAGGCCUGCUCCUGCUGGAGAAACUGCAAGAACCGGGUGGUGCAGAGCGGCAUCAAGGUUCGACUGCAGCUCUACCGAACAGCCAAGAUGGGCUGGGGGGUCCGCGCCCUGCACACCAUCCCCCAAGGAACCUUCAUCUGCGAGUACGUCGGGGAGCUGAUCUCCGAUGCCGAGGCUGACGUCCGAGAGGAUGAUUCUUAUCUCUUUGACUUGGACAACAAGGAUGGAGAGGUGUACUGCAUCGAUGCCCGUUACUACGGCAACAUCAGCCGGUUCAUCAACCACCUGUGUGACCCCAACAUCAUCCCUGUCCGGGUCUUCAUGCUGCACCAAGACCUGCGGUUUCCACGCAUCGCCUUCUUCAGUUCCCGGGACAUCCGCACCGGGGAGGAGCUGGGGUUUGACUAUGGCGACCGCUUCUGGGACAUCAAGAGCAAAUAUUUCACC